GUUGUGUGCAAUGAAAUGCUGUUGAAGACCAACUAAGGUGGUUGGGGGAGAAGGUGUUUCUUCUACACGUUGUGGUCUUAGUUUGGUUGUUAAUCGUUUGUCCUCUUGGGUCUUGGGAUUUUUUUUACAUGUAAAAAUGUGUUUGUGUUUUGCUCCCUCCAACAUUUACAUCUUCUGUACCGCCUCACAUAUAUUCUGAUAUAUUUUCUACUGAAUAAAACCACAGGCCUUUCUGUGCUAUCAAAGAGCUAAGAGGACGGAUGUCUAAUCAGUGUUGAACUAUAGUAGCCAGGCAUCGCCGGACGAACUGCCAACUGAUCUCCCCUGGGACCUCUCCGUUAAUAUUCCAUUAGGGGCGUCACCAACGGGCGCAGACCAAAAGGCCUCUGGACGCGAUUGGAUAGGCCUUCAACCAAUCAUAGCAACGAAACUGCUGAUAAAGCCGGGCUGAAGCCUGAGAGCUGAAGGAGUGGAGCCGUCCAGAGAGGAACCAUGGAGCCCGUCCUUGAGCUGGACCCUGGACCCCCUGAGGAACCUGAGGACACGUCUCUGGACAGGAGGCGGACCAGGAAGGGGAGAUCUGUUCUAAAGCUGUACGUCUGUGUCGCUCUGCUGUGUUUUCUACAAGCCACUCUCAACAUCUCCCUGCGCCUCCACUCAGCGACAUCUUGGACGAAAGGGAGAGAGCACCUGAUGGAUUCACUUGGUGGUGUGACACGCCGGGGCUGGCUAUAUUUUGACCAGAGUCUCUACUUUAUUUCUACAACCAAGAAGACCUGGAUGGCCAGCAGAGACUUCUGUCUGAACAAAGACGCAGACCUGCUAGUUAUCAACAGCAAAGAAGAAGAGGGAUUUGUUGCAAAAUUGGAGGGAGGUUCCUGGAUUGGACUUCAGAUUGGCCGAGGAAGAAAGGGGAUCUACAAGUGGGUGGAUGGUACCAACUUGACUUCAAGUACCUGGCAUGUACCAAUCUCUCCGUAUGGCUAUGAUGGCUGUGCAGUAACAGCUGACCAAUUGGAGACGAGGUCGUGUGACUCUCGAAACAACUGGAUCUGUGAGAAGGUCAAUGUCCUGGAACAUCUGGAAGCUGAACUGAACAAAGAGGGGAUGCCCAAGGAGAAGGAGGAAGAGGAGGAGGAGGAGAAGGAGGUACCCGCUAUCACAGCAUUCAAUGAUAAUUAUAUUGGGUCCUUGGGCGACACAGUCAUCAUAUACUGCCGUGCCAGUGGCCAGCCAAAACCCACCAUCGAGUGGCUAUACAACGGCCGGCCUGUGAAGAGGGACAGGACAGACAACAAACCAGAGCCUUUAGUCAUAGUGGAGGGGGAGGACCUCAUCGUUAGAAGUGUGAGGCCUGGUGUGGACAUGAUCAGCUGCUUGGCGAACAACAGCGCUGGCACAGCCAAUAAGACCGCCAUGCUGUUAGUCGUUGAAUUGACACCAGAGGGCUGGAGGAUUUUCAACCAGAGUCUCUACUUUGUUUCAAUGACUAAGAGGAACUGGACAGCCAGUAGAGACGACUGCCUGCAAAGAAACGCAGACCUGGUGGUUAUCAACAGCAAAGUAGAGGAGGAGUUGGCUACCAAAUGGUGGCUCAGAACCUGGAUUGGACUGAGACUGGACCGAGACACAGAGGGGACCUGGAAGUGGGUGGAUGGUACCAACGUGACUUCAAGUUCCUGGCUGUCCGGUCAUCCAAACCUUCCAACUAUCACAGAAGCCUGUGCAUUAGGUGACAACAGCCAGUUGAUUCCUACACCCUGUGCCUCUCAAAAUAAUUGGAUCUGUGAGAAGACUAGACUCGUGUAGUAUUUGGGACAGAGGCUGGUAUGAAGGAUUAUGUGCCGAGCUUUACUUCCGGAUCUGUGAGAAGGUUGCAGUCCUUGAACAUCUGGAUGCCGUCCUGAACAAAGAGCGUCUGUAGGCUUUGUUUGGAUUGGUCGGUUGAGAAGUUGAUCCUUUCUAUUCUCUGCACAUUAUACGAUGCUACUUAUAUUUGAGGUAGGCCAACACGUCUCUGUUGAGCUUAAGCAUCGCCAAAGCUCAUUACAGAUUUGAAUUUUGUUGCAUCCAAAACUUUCGCUUGAACAUUAUCAAGGCUAUAUUUCCUCUGUGAUGUAAUUACUGUAGUUUCACCUGUAAGAACAAUAAAGUACCAUCUGAUCUUGACCUUUCAAUGCAUUUUUAUCUUGGUACAGAUAAAUAUUAAAGUA